AUGGAACAAGGCCCAUACCGCAUCGGAGUCGACGUCGGCGGCACAAACACCGACGCAGCAAUCAUCGACAUCGCAGCCACAGACUUAGGGUCGCGGGGCGUCUGCGCAUCCAGCAAGACGCCAACCACGACAGACGUGACUUCUGGGAUCCACAGAGUUAUCGAAAAUGUCUUGAACAAGUCGGGUGUUGAUCGCGCAGAUGUCCUUAGCGUCGCUAUUGGGACAACUCAUUUCGUUAAUGCGGUUGUUGAGGCGGAUGCGCGACGGUUGAAAAUCGACGGUCGCGAAAUCACCCCCCUAAACCCAGCCCAAAUAAGAUCCACCGCCCUCGCCAUAAAAGAAACAGGAAUAACAAAAGUGGCACUAGUCGGCGUCUUCUCUCCGCUCGACCACAGCGGUCUCCACGAGGAAACCUGCAAAACCCUCAUGCAGUUAACAAAUCCAACCCUCCAAAUCGUCUGCUCCCACAAAAUCGGCGGAGUGGGUCUACUUGAGCGCGAAAACGCAACAAUACUAAACGCCUCAAUCCUAACACUAGCCCGUCGAACCGUACGCGCAUUCGAGAACGCAAUGGUGCGGCUCCGUCUAGCCUGCCCCUUUUAUCUCACCCAGAACGACGGCACGCUCACCGACGCAGACACGGCCGCGGAACUCCCUAUCAAGACGUUCGCCUCGGGCCCGACGAAUAGUAUGACCGGCGCCGCGUACCUUGCGUGCCUUGAUCGCGGUGGAGGUAGUGAAGGGCAGAUCCUUGUUGUUGAUGUUGGUGGGACGACGAGUGAUGCCUGCGCUCUCCUUCCGUCCGGAUUUCCGAGGCAGGCGCCGAAUUUCGUGCAGGUUGGUGGGGUUCGGACGGCGUUUUCGAUGCCGGAGGUUCUUUCUGUUGGGCUUGGUGGGGGGAGUGUUGUGUCAGUUGAUUCCGAUGGAGAUGUGAGGGUUGGACCUGAGUCUGUGGGGCAUUAUCUUACGAGUAAGGCGCUUGUUUUCGGUGGGGAUGUCUUGACGACGACGGAUGUUGUUGUUGCAGCUGGAAAGGCGAGGAUUGGGGAUAAGCAGAAAGUGGAGGGUAUUCCCGCGAAAGUGGUGGAAAAGGCCAGGGACCGGAUUAAGGUUAUUCUUGAGCGGGCAGUUGAGGAUAUGAAAGUCUCUGAUUCACCUGUUACACUCCUACUCGUUGGCGGCGGGUCGAUCGUCGCGAUGGAUGAGUUAAAGGGUGUGAAGGAGUGCAUUAACCCGCCGCAUCAUGACUCGGCGAAUGCAGUUGGUGCGGCAAUCGCGAAGGUCGCAGGUGAGGUGGAUGCUAUAAAGAUUUUGGCGGGGAGGGAUGAGAGGGUUGUUCUUGAGGAGGCGAAGAGGCAGGCUGUUGAGGCGGCUGUUGCAAGGGGUGCGGAGAGGGGUGAUGUGGACAUUGUUGCUGUUGAGAAGAUUCCGUUGCAGUAUGUUAGUAACAAGGCCACGAGGUUGAUUAUCAAGGCUGUUGGGAGGUUGGCGAGGCCGGGUCCGGGUGUGUCGGUGAAAGAGAGGACCAACGAAUUCACGGCUGUGAAUGGCGAGAUUGAGGAUGAGGAAGAGAAACAAUUCGGUCGACAGAAGACAUCCGAGCUUGAAUGUUCGUUUCAGCACUCCACCUGUCUCGAUAUUGACAGUUAUAUCCCCGACGUCCGGGAUGGAGUAUGGUACAUAUCUCCUGUCGACCUCGAAUUCAUCGCAACAGGCACCGGCGUACUCGGAACAGGCGGCGGAGGCCCUUCAUACCUGCAAUACCUACAAUGUCUCGAGAGCCUACGUGAAUCCGGCGAGAAGAGAAUGCGAGUGAUCUCGCCCAAGGCACUGAAAGACUCAGAUAUCUGCGUCUUUGGCUCGUGGUAUGGUGCACCGAGUGUAUCUGGCGAAAGAAUGCCUGCCGGUACGGAGAUAAUGACUGCUAUCGAUUACUCGGUCAAGAUGUCGGGUCACCUGCAUUUUGAGGCUGUUGUUGCAGAUGAAAUUGGUGGCGGGAACGGGAUGUCGACUUUUCCCACGAGCGUGCAUUUUGAUAUUCCUGUUGUAGAUGGGGAUUUAAUGGGGCGUGCUUAUCCGACGCUUGAGCAUGGUACGCCAUACGUAUACGGCGAACCCAUCACCCCAUGCGCACUUGCAGAUGGAAAGGGCAAUGCCGCAGUUGUCUUGAAAGCCGAAUCAAACCGACGCGUCGAAACCAUGCUCCGAGCGCAAUGUGUCGACCUCGGCCUUAACGUCGCCGUAGCAUGCACGCCUCUCCCAGGGAAAUCCAUCAAGAAAUACGCGAUCCCGAACACGGUCUCGCAGUCAUGGUACAUCGGGCGCGCAAUCCACAAAGCCCGACGUUCAAAGACGAAUCUCAUCGAUGCAAUUUUCGAAACAACACCUGGCCAUCUCCUCUACAUCGGCAAAAUAAUCGACGUAAAACGUGACGUCAGCCGCGGGUAUACAAUGGGAAGCUGUACCAUCGCACCGCUUAGCAACGACGAGAUAGACAAUGCCAUGAGCUCUACGCACACUCCCGACGAGAGUCGCUGUCUGAUAAUUCCCUUCCAAAAUGAAUUUCUCUAUGCCGCGUACGCAAACAUCGCGGAUCCAGACGACAUGUCGAAUCACAAGAUCAUCUGCACAGUUCCCGACCUCAUCUCCGUCCUCGGACAAGAUGGCGAAGCGAUCGGUUCUCAGGAGCUACGGUAUGGACUGCGGGUUAGUGUUAUCGGGAUAGCGGCGCAUCCACUAUGGACGGGGGAUGAGCGGGGAUUGAAGGUGGGUGGGCCGGCUGGGUUUGGGCUGGAGAUGGAGUGGACUAGUCUUGGGGCGUAUACGGAGCCGAGGAGUGUCAUUGAUGAGUUUGACGUGGCCAGAGUCCAUGGUGCGGUUUGUACUGUCGAUUGA